AUGGCUGCCGCCGCGCUUGCCGCCAGCGCAGCAGCAACAGUAGAGACGAUUGCGGUCCAGCGCGUGACGGUGGACGUGGACGCACCGUACGCCGCGGUGGUUGAGAGAUUCCGCCGGCUGGUGCCGCCUGUGCGGCUGGCAGAGCUGGCGGGGACGACUAGCGCCGAGGGCGUCGCGCAGGUUGUGGGAGCGACGGGGACGGCGACGGGCUUUGUGCUGUUUGCCGAGUUCAACCACGGGCGGUGGAUGGGGCAUUUCGCGCGUGGCCUGGGUGCCACCGAUGUGGGGGGGACGGAUGAUGGUCAUGGGGGUGGUGGUGGUGGUGGUGGUGAUGAUGGAGGAGGAGGAGGAGAGAACGGUGGUGGUGGUGAUGAUGGAAGAGCAGGAGGAGAUAGUGAUGCAGGAGGAGGAUCAGCAGCAGCAGCAGCAGCAGCAGCACCCGCACCUCGCGCGGCACAUCGGUUCGUGUUUGGCAAUCCCCUCGUGGCCUGGGACAUGGUGCGGCAGGAUAUCGAGGCUGUACUGCAUGUUCCGCUGGACUGCGCGUUCGUCGAGAAACCGGACGGGUCGGCACGCAUGAUUCUGCUCCUUCGAGACGGCCUGGUAGCCGGGCAUGCGGCCAUGGCUGCCAAUCAGAGCAUGCACUCGGCGGCACAGCAGAUCGACGACAAGGUUUAUCGUCUCAUAGAGCGUCUUGCACAAUCUUGA